AUGUCAUUGGUGUGCAAGAGAUUGUUUGAUCAAAGACAAUCAUACCUCAGUUUUAAUCUUGAUCGCUUGCCACCACGUGAUUACUACAACGAGGACAAUGUGACACUAAACUCAUACAAACAGAUAAUCAACAAUAACAUUGAUUGCAAGUCACAAUCAGUAUUGGUAUACACCGACGACGAUGGUGUGAUUGACAUGGACUAUGACUGCGGCUAUUAUAUUGAUAGUGCACUGAGCGACAAUGAGUCAUGGAAACAAGAGGUGUUGGGAUUGGUGAUGGUUGAUCAUAUUCACUUUAGAGAUUGUAAGGAUAAUGCAUUUGAUGAGACAUUCUGGAAUGGUGUGAUUGGUCUGUUGGACACUCUUCGUGCGCGAUAUCCAAGCAUUAUCAUUACCGCAAGCUUGACUUACAUGACACAAUCAAUGAGGGAUGUACCAUUGACUGAGUUGUCAGUGGAGGAAGACCAGCCUGGCGACAUCAACAUCAUUCAAACAUACCAAUACCCGCCAACAUUGACCAAACUCAUGAUCUCCAGACUCUACUGGGUCGAUCCCCGCCUCGACCUGACUGGCCUGACUUCGCUCAAGAUACUGCAACUUCCUAGCUUGGCUGGCAAGCCACUGGACGGUUCGAAACUGCCCUCAUCACUCACCGAUCUCACACUGACCUAUACAUUCAAUCAAACCGUAUCCAACUUACCACCGAGUGUCACCAAUCUUAGGGUACUUUGCGUAUCCAACUCGCACCCAAUCAACCAUCACCCAACACUACGCACAUUGCAACGAGGCAAGACAUUCAACAUGGUCUUCUCAUCACCAUCAUUGCCAUUCACUCUGCUCACAACUCUCAGACUUGGCACCAUCGAAAUCAAUGACUUCAAGUCCAUCGAUUGGACACUGAUGCCCAUGCUCACGACGUUGAGCAUGUAUUUGACGACAUCAGAUACCACCACACUGAUCAAUCUAUCUGCGUUGCCAUCGUCCAUCAAGCGCAUGGAGGUCACUCCAUGUGCACCAAUCGAAUCUUUCCCCGAUGGUCUAGAGUACCUACACAUCUCAUUCGAUCGUUGUAGCUUCAAGUUAGUCAGCACGAUGUGGCCAGGCGGUAUCCAAGCAUCACAUAUCCACACACUUAGCACAUACUACUACAUCCACCCUUUGUGCCGGGCGGACUUGCCGGCGUCCAUCACAACCUUGAAGUUGUUUGGCAGCAAAUGUUUGAAUUUGGACCCAACAGAAUACCCGCCAUUGUUACGAAAGGUGGAAGGCACAGGCAGACACUCUGGACACCUACUACAAACAUUGUCCGCGAGUCCCAUCCAACAGAUGGAGCUAUGCAUGGAUAAUGGAGAGGGUGUUGCCCUGCGACGAAUAUCCUCAAACAUAUUCAUGCGAAUAGAUGAAAGAUUGGUGCGAUCUGGAUUCAUCCACAUUGACCGACUCCAAACACUUUAUGCCGAAGACAGGAUGAUGUGA